AUCGGGCUCCGGCCGGGGACCCGUCAGUUCUAGGGAGCGAGGGAGCAGGGAGCGGACCGGACUACGAGAGAUUCGAAAUGACUUCUAUAUUGAGUCACUCUUUCAGAAACCUCCCCACUGCAGCAAAAUGGGUCCUCAAGUUCUCUGCAAGACCGCUGAGUUGUUCCUUUCAGCUCCAAGCACCAGCGGUACAGACCAAAACCAAGAAGACUUUAAGCAAGCCUAAUGUGAAGAACGUUGUGGUAGUCGAUGGUGUUCGCAUUCCGUUUUUGUUGUCUGGAACUUCAUAUAAAGAUCUGAUGCCUCAUGAUCUCGCCAGAGCAGCACUUACAGGGUUGCUGCAUCGUACCAGUGUCCCAAAGGAAGUUGUUGACUACAUUGUCUAUGGCACAGUUAUCCAAGAAGUGAAAACGAGCAAUGUUGCUAGAGAAGCUGCCCUUGGAGCUGGCUUCUCUAAUAAGACCCCGGCCCAUACAGUCACCAUGGCUUGCAUCUCUUCCAAUCAGGCCAUGACUACUGGUUUUGGUUUGAUUGCUGCUGGCCAGUGUGAUGUGGUUGUAGCCGGAGGUGUGGAGUUAAUGUCUGACGUGCCCAUCCGUCAUUCUAGGAAGAUGAGGAAGCUGAUGCUUGACCUUAACAAGGCCAAGUCCCUGGGUCAGAAACUAUCUACAGUCUCCAAAUUCAGAAUGAAUUUCCUUGCACCGGAGCUCCCAGCCGUGGCCGAGUUCUCUACCAAUGAGACUAUGGGACAUUCUGCAGAUCGGCUGGCGGCUGCAUUUUCUGUCUCACGUUCAGAACAAGAUCAGUAUGCUAUGCGGUCUCACAGCCUUGCUAAGAAAGCCCAGGAUGAAGGCCUGCUUACUGACAUCAUACCCUUCAAAGUACCCGGGAAAGACACCGUUACUAAAGAUAAUGGGGUUCGUCCUUCCUCAUUGGAGCAGAUGGCCAAACUGAAGCCUGCUUUUGUCAAACCUUAUGGCACUGUCACUGCCGCUAACAGUUCUUUCCUGACUGAUGGCGCCUCUGCAAUGUUAAUUAUGUCGGAGGAAAAGGCUCUGGCUAUGGGAUAUAAACCAAAGGCAUAUUUGAGGGAUUUUGUAUAUGUGUCUCAGGAUCCAAAAGAUCAGCUUUUGCUUGGCCCAACAUAUGCCACUCCAAAAGUACUGGAAAAAGCGGGUCUGACGAUGAAUGAUAUUGAUGCAUUUGAAUUUCAUGAAGCUUUCUCAGGUCAGAUCUUAGCCAACAUGAAAGCAAUGGAUUCUGACUGGUUUGCACAAAAUUACAUGGGCAGAAAAUCCAAGGUUGGAGCCCCUCCGUUGGAGAAGUUUAAUAAUUGGGGUGGAUCCCUGUCUUUGGGACAUCCCUUUGGAGCUACUGGCUGCCGGUUGGUUAUGGCAGCUGCCAACAGACUAAAGAAGGAUGGCGGACAGUAUGGUAUGGUGGCCGCCUGUGCGGCUGGAGGACAGGGCCAUGCCAUGAUUGUGGAAACGUACCCCCAGUAAAGAAAUAAAUCACAAAGGAUCUGCAAGUGUCCCAUACUAAGCAAUGCCAUUCCAAUGCACUAAUAAAGAGAGACAUCUGUAGUUCCUCGCUCAUUUUUAGGAAAGCAGGUUUUGAGGUCUUUUGUUGAGUAUCUUCUAGUGCAAGCAGACAUCAGUAAGGGUUUUGUUUUGCUAUACCUUUUUCGGGGGUGAGGGGGGAACGGAGGGGAGGAGGCUAAAGCUGCGUGCUAACUCUAGAGCAGCAGCUUUUACUGGUUCCACAGAAGUGACUGCAUCUCCCCCGUCUGCAUCUACCCCUGCCAUCGCCUGCUCCACUCAGCCCUGGCCACUUGAUAGAGAAAAGCUUCAGGGACACGGGAUAGUGAGGGCACCGUAGCUCAAAUGGAGCCUGGAGCUGCAGGCUGCCUCCUUUGGAGUGUCAAUCAGGGCUCACCCAAUGCCUUUUCUAGCCAAUCCUUGCCCCUGUUCUGAGCUUUCAGUGAUUUGGACUUCCCGCUUUUUUCAGGGAUUUCUCAACUGCCCAGAAUCUAACUGUUAAGGUUCCUUGGGUUUCCCCGCCUCCCUUCUAAACUUUAAUAACAAUCUUGAAAAACAGAGCACUGUGGUCUGAGUAGUCCAUGUAGCAUCCUCAAAGCCUACAAGAUGUGGAUCUUAAAGUUAAAUUUUGUCCUACAGUUCAAGUCUUUUUUCUCCUAAUAUUCACAAACCAAGGUGCCUAAACUACUUUUUGUAGUGGAAGAACAAUGGAAGGACACUGUAAUCAGCAGGAAGUGUUCAUAUAUUUGUUGGCCUCUUUUGUCAGCCUUAAUAAAUUGGAGUAUUUAGAGA